GUGUUUACAUCCUCUCUUUGUUCCGAGACGAGACAACAACAACAACAUGUCCAAGAGACGCUGCAGAUCCGGGACCAGCAGGAAAACUGAUCAGACCCGGAGCACCGGGACCCGCGAGGAGACUAGGAGCACCGGGACCCGGACCCGCAGAACCAGGACCGGAUCCAGGACCCCCGAUGAGACUCGGUCCCUGCGGGCUCUGGUGCAGCACGCGCUCUCUGCGGUCGCUGCGGAGGUGCUGCUGCUGCUGGAGGAGCGCGUGCUGCUGGAGGAGCGUGUGCUGCUGGAGGAGCCCGUGCUGCUGGAGGAGCCCGUGCUGCAGGAGCUGAAGCAGCGGGUCACGGAGAGAAUCACCGCCGCUGUGGAGAUCAUCUUCUCCGGGUUCAGAUCCUCCAGAGGACCGGAGGGACCUCCAGGCACCGCUCCGGGUCAAACGUUAUCUGUCUCUGGAGAUCAGCUGAGUGUCUCAGUGGAACCCGGAACCUCCUGCAGACCAGAACCAGGACCUGAGCCGGACCUCCACCCGGCCCCCGGGGAGGAAGGGGAGGAUGAAGAGGCUGAAGAGGGGGAGGAGGAAGAGGAAGAGGGGGAGGAGGAAGAGGCGUCUCUCUGCUGCAGAGUCUGCGGGAAGUCGUUUGACAGGAAAGGGUUCCUGAUGAAGCACGCUGAGUCUCACCUGAAGGAGGCGCCGUGGCUCUGUGGUCUCUGUGGAGCGGGCUCAGAGUCCAGCGCCGGGCUGAAGGUCCACCUGCAGACGCACCGGGACCGGAGCAGAACCUGCGACGUCUGCGGGAAGAAGUUCCCUUCGAUCCGAGCGCAGGAGACGCACCGCCGGCUGCACACCGGAGAGAAACCCUUCAGAUGCUCCGUCUGCGGGAAGGACUUCAACCAGAAGGGCAACAUGGUGACUCACAUGCGCACUCACAGCGAGGAGAAACCCUUCGGAUGCUCCGCCUGCAGGAAGCAGUUCAGCCAAGCCGCAUCUCUGGAGCGACACAUGCAGGUUCAUGUUGAUGUUGAGAAGAUUGGAGAGAAACCCUUUAGCUGCUCCGUCUGCGAGGCUGCGUUCAGUAAGAGCGCCGAGCUGAGGCGGCACCGCCUGAGCCACGAGGCCCGCGGUCCGCCGGUCCAGAGCCCCAGCAGGAAGCCCAGUCUGAAGCCCAGUCUCACGCCCUCUCACCGCUGCAGGGUCUGCGGCAGCGCCUUCCACAACAAGGGGAACUUCAUGCGUCACGCAGAGACUCACCUCCACGAAACCCCGGGGCUCUGUGGGGUCUGCGGCGAGACCUCGGAGACCCCGGAGAGUCUGCAGAUCCACAUCCAGAGCCACAGGAAGACCAGCAAGAUCUGCGACAUCUGCGGCAUGGCCUUCAGGGACAUGGAGAUCCACAUGAGGACUCACUCGGGACAGAAGCCCUUCAGCUGCUCAGACUGCGGGAAAGACUUCCCCAGGAAAGGCUCUCUGGAGAGACACAUGAAGCUGCACGCCGGCGAGCGGCCGUACAUCUGCGAGUUCUGCGGGAAGACCUUCGUGGAGAACACGGUCCUGAAGAGACACAUCAAGAGCCACACGGGGGGGAAACCCCGCAUCUACGCCUGCGAUGUCUGCGGCAAGAAGUUCACCAUGAGCCAACACCUGGAUGUGCACAAGAGGAUCCACACCGGGGAGAAACCCUACACCUGCAGGGUCUGUGGGAAGAGCUUCCGGCAGAUCGGGAACCUGGACUCGCACUCGAGGAUCCACACGGGAGAGAAGCCCUUCAUCUGCAGCCUCUGCGGGAAACGCUUCCGGCAGAAGAUUUCUCUGGAGACACACGAGCGCUUCCACAAGAAGGAGAAACCCUUCGGCUGCUCGCUGUGCAGCAAAGGCUUCGUGCAGAAGAUCGACCUGAAGAGACACAUGCUGACGCACACGGGGGAGAAACCCUACAGCUGCUCCCUCUGUGGGAAGAGCUACCAGGAGAAACGCUCCGUGGACUCGCACAUGAAGGUGCACGCCGCCGAGAGGGAGACACUGGGGGGGGGAGUGGGCGAGAGAGUGGGGGAGAGACAGACGGAGAGAGUGGGGGAGACGCGACAGGAAGCAGCAAACACCGACUUCAUCCAGCUGUGACGAGCAGACACACCUGGAGACAGAGUUUAACACCUGGAGACAGAGUUUAACACCUGGAGACUGAGUUUAACACCUGGAGACAGAGUUUAACACCUGGAGACUGAGUUUAACACCUGGAGACUGAGUUUAACACCUGGAGACAGAGUUUAACACCUGGAGACUGAGUUUAACACCUGGAGACAGACUGAGUUUAACACCUGGAGACAGACUGAGUUUAACACCUGGAGACUGAGUUUAACACCUGGAGACUGAGUUUAACACCUGAGUUUAACAACUGGAGACAGACUGAGUUUAACACCUGGAGACAGACUGAGUUUAACACCUGGAGAAGAGUCCAGAUGUUCGGUUUAAAGGAUCUUAAAGCGUUUUUCUUGCAGACCCUGAACUCGUUACCCAUCAUUCAUCACUUCCUGUACAAGUUAUUGUUUAUCUUUACUGUUGAAUAUUUCCGAGAGCAUCGAGAUAACGAAGUUGUUUAAUAAUAAACUAAAGUCAAAAAAACA